CAGGGCGUGACAACCUGGUUAAAUAAAGGUGAAAUAAAAAAAUACAAAAAGACAAUGCAGCUAUUGUAAGACAUGUAUUUUGCUGUAUAAAACAUUUAUUUCACACAGGCUCUUCAGUUAAAUCAAAAAUCUUAUUUCUCCAAUAUUUGUUAUACCAAAGGUUACCCAGUUCGCAAAAUAGUUUCAGUUUCUUUUGACAAGCAAAACAAGGUUUUAACUGCAAAAUGUCAACAACAAUGGUUGUGUGAACUUUGCACACAUUUAUCUGAACAUUGAAGUUAGAGUGUCUCACUUUUUAGCUGCUGUCUGUGGUCUGGUAAACCUGCCCUGCACAUAUCUGUCCAUCUCUGAACACACAACCACAUUGUAUAUUUAUACUCUAAAAACAACAUCUCGGACAAGAUGACAAAAAGUCUCCUGAAUCUAAAUAGAAAAUAUUGAACCUGCCGUGAACCCUACAACUAUAAAUGUUAGCCUUGUGACUGUCCUAUAGAUGUUAGUGACAACAAUGACUAUGAGAAUGUGACACACUGUAGUUGAUAAUUAAAUUAAAUAGCUGGCUUAGAGGUUUGCUCAUAAAAUAAGACAGACUAAAAUGUUCUGUACCUAGCAUCAUUGGUAGCUCUGCAUGGCUCCAUCUCUGUCAUGUUUUACGUUUUUCAUGGAUUGUUCUCUUCACUAGCCAUAAACUGGGCCUAUAAAAGGUCCAAACAUAUGACAAAAAUGUGCUUCAUAUCAACCAACUUGCAUAACAUUUCUAAGCCCAAUAUAGCAAUAUGUCUUGUGGAUGACGUUGGCCUUUCACAGACCAUCUAACCUGAGACAACCAAUCAAAAUGGCUAAUACCAACCUCUCCUUAGUACAGCAAAAAAAUUCAAAUGGGGGUUUCUUUACUAGCUGCAGAAGUGAUCCAGCCCUGUGUAUUGGUUUUUUUAGUAGUCUGAAGCUGCAAAGAUGAUCCAACCCUGUGUAUUUAUCCUUUUGGUCAACACAGUCUGCUCACAGUCCAACUCCAAGACCAUGGAGCAACAGGCAAAGUCUGACCCAGUCCAUCCAGGAGACUCUGUGACUCUGCAGUGUACAGUACUCUCUGAGACCUGCACAGGAGAACACAGUGUGUACUGGUCCAGAGCUGGAUCAGGGGAAUCCCAUCCAGGAGUCAUUUACACCCAUGGGAACAGGAGUGAUGAGUGUAAGAAGAGCCCUGAGACUCCCUCUCCUACGCAGAGCUGUGUCUACAGCCUCUCCAAGAACAACCUCAGCCUCUCUGAUGCUGGGACUUACUACUGUGCUGUGGCCACAUGUGGGGAGAUCCUGUUUGGCAAUGGAACAAAAUUGGAUAUUGAAAACCCCAGAAGGAAUGUGCUGAUUCCAGUAACAUUCAUCCUCGGGGAAGCACUGUUAAUGUGUAUCGUUCUGAUAAUCUACCUCAUGUACACAAGGAAGAAUAAGAAGAUCUGUGACUGUUGUAAUGGAACCAUUCCACUUCAAUCCGGUAGUGAAGUUCCCAAUUCCAGUCAGCAAAGCGAUCAGGGAAACGGUGAGGACAUGCUGCAAUACUCUGCUCUGUCUUUCCCUCAAAACACAACUCCAACCAAGGCCAAGAGUGACGCGAUGGGGGGAGAGAGUGUCUACUCUGAUGUGAAAAGCUUUGGAUGUGACUGAAAUUGACUAAUUCAAUGCUAAUCAUCCAGCAAAUAGAUCUUACAUUUUUUGCCAUUGUUUCUACAAUUAUGUUUCUGUCAGAAUAGUGUGAUUUAUGUGUGACAUAGGUCUUUGCUGAAGCUCAUUGCUGUUGCUUGUUACAAUAGGUAAUAACUAGUGGUAAAAGUGUUGUUUCAUUAGGAUUAUGCUGAAAUAGAUUUGAAUGUUGUUUUCUCAAACAAAUUGGUCAUGUACUCAUUAUCAUAUAGUGUUGAUAUCAUCAUCAAACUCUUGUUACGUUCUUUCUGUUACGGUCUGAAUAUGAUCAAUUAACAAUUUCCUCUUCCAUAUGUCAUGCCUCCUAUUACCAAGAGAUGGCAGUAGUGAUUGAGAAUUGAGAUUCAGAAUCAUAGCAGUCAGAGUUAGUGUUGACUUCUCUCCAAGUUCUUAAUAUACAGUGUUGCCUUCCUUCCCAGUUCAGCAGUGUUGCAUUCACUCCCAGUUCUUAAUAUAAAGUGUUGCCUUUCCUCCCAAUUCUUAAUAUACAGUAUAAAUCACGUAAAUGGUGGAACAUCUCUGUCUUAGGCUGUUUGAGAAGGUUUGAACCUGUCUAUAUGUUGUUUCUUGUGAAUUUCCUUCUAUUUUCAGACUCAGUCUUUGUGUUUAAUUAAUUUCCAUGUUUUUUAAACCGAAAGGUGAUUAUACAACAUUAUAAACUGUGUAGUUUGGGUCCUGGAUGCUGAUGGGUGAAACAGCAUUUCAGUCAUGUGUAUAUCAGACAAUAUACCACAGGUAUGACGCAAAAAACUUGUUUCAUGUUCUAUUUAUGUUGGUAACAAAUUUAUAAUAGCACUAAGGUACUCUGGCCGCCUCGGUCCUUAUUGCUAUAUAAUACACAACAUUUUCAUAUGCUAAAUGUAUCUAAAAAUAAAU